AUGUGGUUGGGUGAUCUGAAUUAUCGUAUCAACUUGUCAUAUGAGAAAACAAGAGAUUUUAUCUCAAAAAAGCAAUGGUCCAAAUUGAUUGAGAAAGACCAGCUUACGAAAGAACUGGAGAAAGGUGUAUUUCAUGGAUGGUCAGAAGGGGAGUUAAACUUCGCACCAACUUAUAAGUAUGAGAUUAAUUCAGAGAAAUAUUAUGGAGAAGACGCAAAAGUUGGGAGGCGCAUACCAUCAUGGUGUGAUCGUAUUCUUUCAUAUGGCAUGGGAAUGAGAUUACUCAGAUAUGGAAGGACUGAACUCAAAUUUUCAGACCACAGACCAGUGACUGCCACAUACAUGGCAGAGGUUGAGGUGUUCUCUCCAAGGAAGCUGCAGAAAGCCCUGACUUUCACUGAUGCAGAGAUUGAAAAUGAAGAAGUCAUGGCAAAUUUAGGGCCAUUGUAUGAGUUCUGA